AAUGAAUUCAGUUGUGAAAUUGAUGGCAAUCUAGCCUAUGGUCUGGACCUUGUUCAGACUUGCACUUGUUUAAAGUCCAUAGAUAUAGCCUACAGUAAACCAAGAUAAAUCUCUCAGGGUGUGUUGUAAGCUGAGUCAAAGAAAGCACUGUUAGGCAAACUCCCACCAUGUCUCUGGGUCGGGCUCUGUCCAGGUGUCCAGCCACAGCCCUGCUGGCCAGGUGGAAGCUAACCCCGUGCGGUCCUGCCUUGAUGCUCAGGGGCAUAGCCUUGAACAGCCAGCCUGCCCCCACAGCCAGAUCCCCUCCUCUGAGAACACAGACUGCUCCCUUACACAGCAGCACAGCCAGUCCUGACUCAAACAAGCCCACAUCAGUGUAUUCCUCCGGGCUGGAGGGGGAGCUGUUGGGAAUGGGGAUGUGGUCUCUAGGUCUGGGGGCAGUGGGUGCAGCUAUAGCUGGGAUCUUAUUGGCCAACACUGACUUGUGUCUGCCCAAAGUUGCUCAGGCAUCUCUGGAACACCUGGAGAAUGCGGACCUCAAGUCAACGAUAGAUGAUGAGACGACUAUCAAAGCCAGUAGUUUGUGGGCGAAGAACGGAGCGGUGAUUAUGGCCGUACGGCGACCGGGAUGAUUUUUGUGCAGAGAGGAGGCCUCUGAGCUGUCCUCUCUGAAGCCCCAGUUGGAGGAGCUUGGGGUCCCUUUAGUUGCCGUGGUGAAGGAGAAUAUUGGCACAGAGAUCCAGGACUUCAGGCCGCACUUUGCAGGGGACAUUUACAUUGACGAGAAGCAACACUUCUAUGGCCCCCUCCAGAGGAAGAUGGGCGGGCUGGGCUUCAUUCGUCUUGGCGUGUGGCAGAACUUCAUGCGGGCUUGGCGCUCUGGUUACCAGGGUAACAUGAAUGGAGAGGGCUUCAUCUUGGGAGGCGUGUUUGUCAUUGGAGCAGGGAACCAGGGAAUCCUUAUGGAGCACCGAGAGAAAGAGUUUGGAAACAAAGUGGAUAACACAGAGGUUUUAGAAGCUGUCAAGAAAAUUGUGCCAGAGAAAUAGAUUAAUUUUGUAUGUUUAAAAACGGACAUAAUUCAGAUUAGUGUUCACCAACAUACAUAGCCAUGAAAGCCAUCGAUCAAAACUCUGCCACACCCUUUGCAGUUUGCUCAUGUAUUGACAGAUUCCUGGUAGUGUUAAUGUUUCUCACAAUUUCACAAUGUUCAGUUGGAACGUUUUGAAGUGAAAUAUACUCUAUUGUGAUUGCAGAAGUACAAUUCUUAAAUCAACCACUUCACCUCUGAAACUGCUAUGGUAAUAUAAGGUAAUAUGUAAGGUUCUCAGCCAAGUCUCCUUACAGAACACAUUCAAUGUAUUUUCCUCAGUAAUAAUGUGAUUGUUCUAGAAUGCUCAGGUAAACUACAAUGCUCAUGGGUUGGUCUGAAAUCACCCCCAAGCCCAUCUUCUAGUGUUGUUUGGGGACAAAGGAGAACUGUCUGAGGUAAAUUGGGUUGAGCCAACACAUCAGCAUGGUUCAGCCAUCUCAGGACAAGGGGUUUGUUUUCAGACCGACAGUGGGUUGGUUGCAAUACGCAGGGUUCUAUAGGUAUGGUACAUGACCAUGUGUUGUUUUUUUUGUGUUGCACACUGAUUUGCUGUUUGUUUCUGUUCAGUUCAGUUUCUCACUGUAUGUCUCCAACCUGCCUGGUUGUAUGUGUAGUAGUCUGUGUGUGUGUUUAUGACAACCUGUUUGAAACUCAAAUGAGGUGAACAGGUUUGAUACACCGACACACAUGGGCUCUGCUGCCACCACCAGAUUGGCUAAUGCUUUGUGAUUCUGAUGCAAGUAUUUUAUGUGUUAAGGUGUGCGAAUGUCAACCUCAAUAAAUUUAGAUGACCUGUC